AUGUCGCACCAAUUUGCUGUGGCAUCGCCUCCCACCGAUGCUAUCUCCGCUGUGAAGUUCUCCCCGGAUCCCAGCUCAAAGCGUAUUGUUGUGUCUUCAUGGGAUAAGAAUGUUUACCUGUACGAACUGCGUGAUGAGAAUGGGGUUGUAGGAGAGGGAAAACUAUUGCAAAAGCUAGAAUUCCGCGCGCCCGUACUCGAUGUCUGCUUUGGCGCAAAUGAAGAUGAAAUCUUUGUCGCCGGACUCGACUGGGAUGUUCGAAAAAUUGACGUCAACACAUCAACACAGACUGUGCUGAGCACUCAUGAAGCUGGCGUGCGCAACGUCGUCUACAGCCGCGACUAUAACAUCUUAAUCUCCGGCUCCUGGGACUCUACGCUUCAUAUUCACCGACCGGACCAGAUUCAUGUUGUCAUCCCACUCCCUUCGAAACCCUACUCGCUGUCUGUUUCAUCCACCAAGCUCGUCGUCGCUAUGGCGUCGCGCGCUCUCCACAUCUACGAACUUGAGACACUGGCCCUGUUGACUACGCCGUCUGACGACAAUAAAGUAGUGAAUGUCGAACCUUGGCAACGACGCGAGAGUAGCCUAAAGUUUAUGACCCGGUGUGUGGCUUGCAUGCCGGAUGAUGCGGGGUAUGCCUCUUCGAGCAUUGAGGGCCGCGUGGCAGUGGAAUGGUUCGAUCCAUCCGCUGAGUCUCAGGCCCGAAAGUACGCCUUCAAGUGUCAUCGUCAGGUUGACGAUGAUGUGGAUGUCGUUUACCCGGUUAAUGCGCUUUCCUUCCACCCUGUUCAUGGGUCUUUCGCAUCCGGUGGUGGUGACGGUGUGGUUGCGCUCUGGGAUGGAAUCUCCAAGCGACGUAUCCGCCAGUACCAGAAGUACCAGUCGAGUGUCGCUGCCCUUGAUUUCAGCGGUGAUGGCAAGCACUUGGCAAUUGCCGUGAGCCCUGGAUUUGAGGAUGGUAAUGACGAUCUUGCAGACGGACUGGUGCGGAUCUUUGUGCGCGAAUUGGCUGAGACGGAGGCAAAGGGAAAAAGCGCCAAGUAG